GGCAAGAAGUUCGUGGGCGACCUGGGGGCAGAUGGGACCAUCACCUGGCAGGAGACAGGACAGGUGUUCAACUCACCCAGUGCCUGGGCCACCCACUGCAAGCGCCUGGUGAACCCAGCCAAGAAGUCGGGCUGUGGUUGGGCCUCCGUGCGCUACAAGGGCCAGAAGCUGGACCAGUACAAGGCUGCCUGGCUGCGCAAGCACCAGUCCUUUGCUGCCAUCAACAAGUUCCAGCCCUUCAACGUGGCCAUUUCCAGCAACGUCCUCCUGCUCCUGGAUUUCCACAGCCACCUGACACGGAGCGAAGUGGUGGGCUACCUGGGGGGGCGGUGGGACACCAACACGCAGCCGGCGCCGCCCCGGGCACCAGGACCCUACUAUCACGGCAACCCCAGCGUGGAGUCCAAAAUCGUGCCCUUCUGGGUGAUGCCGCCACCAGAGCAACGGCCCAACGACUAUGGCAUCCCCAUGGAGGUGGAGGUGGCCUACAUCCAGGAUGGGUUCCUCACCAAUGAUGUCCUGCAGGAGAUGACGCUGCUGGUGGAGUUUUACAAGGGAGCCCCUGACCUGGUGAAGUUUCAAGAGCUGUGGAGUCAGGACCAGACCUACCUGGACAAGCUGAAGGGCUCCCUGGCCUCCCCCACCCCCAAAGACCAGAACUUCACCCACAUCCUGGAGCAGAUCUACAGCCUCCUCAAGCUCAGCAGCUGA